AUGGGGGCAAAGAGCUAUCCAGAUGCUGAUUCCUUCAACACGGUGGCAGAGAUCACUGGGAGCAAGUAUCCGGAGCAGGUUGUACUAGUCAGUGGACAUCUGGACAGCUGGGAUGUCGGGCAGGGUGCCUUGGAUGAUGGUGGUGGAGCCUUUAUAUCAUGGGAAGCCCUCUCGGUUAUUAAAGAUCUUGGGCUGCGUCCAAAGAGAACUCUGCGUUUGGUGCUCUGGACCGCAGAGGAGCAAGGUGGAGUCGGUUCCUUGCAGUAUUAUCAGCUGCACAAGGCAAAUAGCUCCAACUACAGCCUUGUGAUGGAGUCUGACCUGGGGACCUUCUUACCCUCUGGGCUGAAGUUCACUGGCUCUAACUCAGCCAGGAUCAUCAUGGAGGAGGUCAUGAGCCUGCUGCAGCCCAUCAACAUCACACAGGUCCUGAAGGCUGGAGAUGGGACGGACAUUAACUCCUGGAUCCAAGAUGGAGUGCAUGGAGCCAGUCUACUUGAUGACCUGUAUAAAUAUUUCUCCUUCCAUCACUCCCAUGGAGACACCAUGACCGUCAUGGAUCCAAAGCAGAUGAAUCUUGCUGCCGCUGUUUGGGCCGUUGUCUCUUACGUCGUUGCAGACUUGGAAGAAAUGCUGCCCAGGUCUUAGCAAGAACAAGAGAGAGGGCACUUUUGUCCUUUCUGGCCAGAAAUCCUGGGUCUGCAGCUUUAGGAAGCCCCUCUUCACCCAGCAACUUUAUUGAUCAUUUACAAAGCACAACACUUUUUCAUACUUUCUGACAUUAUCUUUCUUGAUACUUUCCAAAUUCUGUUUUCCUAGUGUAAAGAAUAAUCCCACAUAGAAUCAAAUCAAAUCCCACCCCCACAUAAAAUCAAAAUAUGGUAGAGAUCCCAGUGGGGGCAUUUCUUUACACCACUUACUAAAAACAUUGUUUCUACUUCAGAAGUAAAUACUGGAUAAAGCUUUGGAAGACCUCUGGCUUUUAUGCAUGUAUUUAUGAACAUUAAAUCAAAUAUAGUGACA